AUGAUUUUAAAUAACAUUAUAUUGUUUCUUAUAAUUGAAUUAGUGAGUGUCGCGAACAUCGAACCGGCUUUGUUAUCCAUUGCCGAAAGGUUGAGAGCAUUGGAACACAUAUAUUCGUUAAGAUUUGCCGCUCCGCGAUGGGAAUUAACGGUGGAAAGUCAAAAUCGAAAAUUGGAAGCUUUAGAAUCGAAAUUAUCGAGAAUCGAAACGCUUUUGGAAUUGAAAAUAGACAAAUUGACCGAGGGACUCACGUCGAAAACUUUAAAAGAAGAAUUAUCGAAAGAACAACUCAGUCGAAAAAUAGAUACCAUUUACGAAAGGCUUAAUCAUAGAAUGAGUUACAUGGAAUCGAGAAUCGAAAACAACAUCGUCAAACAAUUGACGAAUCUCGACACGUCACUCAAGGGAAUAAGCCUACAGAUAGAACCAUUGGAAAAAAGUUACAACGAAGUCGAGGGAGAUUUAAUGGAGAUAUCAAACAGUUACGAAGAAAUUAAAAAUUUCAUGACGAAUUUCAAUGCGACAUUUUCCAAUCAGCAAAACGACAACACGUUUAAAAACAUAAGCGACGAAACGUUGAAAAAAGUCGAAAAAAACAUGAUAUCGGACAUGUAUAACGAAAUGAUAAGAAGAGGAAAAAUGAACGAAGACAUGUUGAAAAAUUCUAUAAAUUUAUUUAACGUCACGAGAAAAGAACUUCAAGACUCUGUACAAAUUCUCAAAUCCCACAGGAAACAUUCGUGUCAAUCCAUGCCGGAUGAUACCUACGAUUACCUGUUGGAAAAAAUCGAUACCAUGACGAGGAAAAACGAGGGUAAUUAUCAAAGAUUGGAUACGACAAUUGAAAGACUUCACGAAAAACAAGAACUCUAUCAGGAAAGUUGUCACAGGCUUCAACUCAAUGAACCGCAAAUAGAAAAUAGAAUCGGACAAAUAUUAGAAAAAAUUUUAGAUUCGAUUGAUAAUCGCACGUAUGUAACGGAUAAAAAUUAUGAUACCAUCCUGGAAAAGCUCAAAAGUCAUCAUUCGCACGUUAUACGAACUCUGGGUCACACGGGUAACGCUGUUAUUAAAUUAAGCGAACAAAUAAGCAACGAUUUCAAAGCUUUGUACUACGACAUUGCUGUCAACAAUCCGACAGUACAUAAAAUUGACGUCAUCAUAGCAACUUCAAGAACAAUUUUUCGAACUUAA